UAUAAUUGGGGCGGGGGGGGCUGAGGUAACCGCUGCGGUGGAGCGCGAGAGCCGGUGAGGGGUAAGAACAGCCACCCUGUCCCCGGCCCGCCGCCCCAGCAGGGAAGGCUCCCGGGGGCCGUAGGGGAUGUGGUGAGAGGGAGGUGCCCGGACUCGGAGAGCAGCCUCACGUCGGAGCCCGCGCUCCGCCGCCCCAGGAUUUUUGGCACAUGGAGGAAGGCGAUCAUCACUUAGAAAUUUAACUCAAUUCCAGAUUUCAAGAUUUUGGGGUGCACAGAGCAGAAUAGUGCAGCCAUGUUUCGAAACAGUCUCAAGAUGCUUCUUACAGGUGGGAAAUCAAACCGCAAAAACAGGUCCAGUGAUGGAGGGAGCGAGGAACCACCAGACCGAAGACAGGCAAGUGUAGAAUCCCGCCAGAGCCGAUCUGGGCAAGGCACCUCCACAGAGAACGACUGUGCUUUUGAACCAGACUACGCUAUUCCACCACUCCCAGUGACCGAAGGUAUGCAGCACAUUCGGAUUAUGGAGGGCAUGUCUCGCUCUCUUCCAUCCUCCCCCUUACUCACACAUCAGUCUAUCAGUGUUCGGCUCCAACCUGUGAAGAAAUUAACUGCCCCCCUGAGGAAGGCAAAGUUUGUUGAGAGCCCUCGAAUCCCAGAGUCUGAGCUUGGCUCACCAACGCUCACUUCAGCACAGAAACUGGACGUUGAUGCAUACUGCCCUGGUGAAGCUGAGCAGGAGCUGGGACCCCCUCCAUCCGUAGAUGAGGCAGCAAACACACUCAUGACUCGCCUGGGCUUCCUCCUUGGAGAGAAAGUCACAGAGGUACAGCCGGGGCCCCAGUACAGCAUGGAGGUGCAGGAUGAGAAUCAGACCUCAGCAGUAACACAGCGGAUAAGUCCCUGCUCCACGCUGACCAGCAGCACUGCCUCACCACCAGCCAGCAGUCCUUGCUCCACCCUCCCUCCAGUCAGUACAAAUGUUACAGCCAAGGAUUGCAACUAUGGGGCUGUUACCAGCCCUACAUCUACUCUGGAAAGCAGAGAUAGUGGUAUCAUAGCUACUUUGACAAGCUAUUCUGAAAACAUGGAGCGCACUAAAUAUGGAGGGGAGAGCAGCAAAGAACUAGGAUCUGGAGGAAACCUGAAACCUUGGCAGUCUCAGAAAUCCAGCAUGGACUCCUGUUUAUAUCGUGUAGAUGAAAAUAUGACCGCCUCCACCUACAGUUUAAACAAGAUCCCAGAAAGGAACCUAGAGACGGUUUUAUCCCAGUCUGUGCAGUCUAUUCCACUUUACCUUAUGCCACGGCCAAAUUCAGUAGCAGCCACCAGCUCAGCCCACUUAGAGGAUCUAGCUUACCUGGAUGAGCAGAGACAUACUCCCCUACGUACAUCCCUCCGAAUGCCUCGGCAGAGCCUGGCAGGUGCCCGCAUACAACAAGACCUAAGAGUACGCUUUGCACCUUAUAGACCUCCAGACAUCUCCCUGAAACCACUGCUCUUUGAGGUGCCAAGCAUCACCACAGAGUCUGUGUUUGUCGGACGGGACUGGGUGUUCCAUGAGAUAGAUGCACAGUUGCAGAGUGCCAAUGCCAGUGUGAACAGAGGUGUGGUGAUUGUUGGGAACAUUGGCUUUGGUAAAACUGCCAUUAUCUCCAGACUGGUUGCUCUCAGCUGCCAUGGCACACGAAUGAGACAGAUUGCUUCUGAUAGCCCACAUGCCUCCCCAAAACAUGUGGAUGCAAAUAGAGAGCUACCCCUUACACAGCCACCUUCUGCUCACUCGUCAAUCACGAGUGGAAGCUGCCCUGGAACGCCUGAAAUGCGCAGACGCCAAGAAGAGGCCAUGCGGAGACUUGCUGCACAGGUUGUCGCUUACCAUUACUGCCAGGCCGAUAAUGCCUACACCUGUCUUGUGCCAGAGUUUGUACACAACGUGGCAGCACUGCUCUGCCGCUCACCACAGUUUGUCGCCUACAGGGAGCAGCUACUGCGGGAACCACAUUUACAGAGUAUGCUCAGCUUGAGAUCCUGUGUUCAGGAUCCCAUGGCCUCCUUCCGGAGGGGAGUCCUAGAGCCCUUGGAAAAUCUUCAUAAAGAGAGGAAGAUCCCAGAUGAAGACUACAUCAUAUUAAUUGAUGGUUUAAAUGAAGCUGAAUUUCACAAGCCAGAUUAUGGGGACACCAUAGUAUCAUUCUUGAGCAAAAUGAUCGGAAAAUUCCCAUCCUGGCUGAAGUUGAUAGUGACGGUCAGGACAAGUCUACAGGAAAUAAUUAAGUUGUUGCCCUUCCAUAGGAUUUUUUUGGAUAGACUGGAAGAGAACGAAGCCAUAGAUCAGGACCUCCAGGCAUAUAUCCUUCAUCGAAUACACAGCAGCUCUGAGAUCCAGAACAACAUCUCCCUUAAUGGCAAAAUGGACAACACUACAUUUGGCAAACUCAGUUCUCACCUCAAGACCUUGAGCCAAGGGUCCUAUCUAUACCUAAAGCUCACUUUUGAUCUCAUAGAGAAGGGCUACCUGGUACUAAAGAGCUCCAGCUAUAAAGUAGUCCCAGUCUCUCUCUCUGAGGUUUACCUGUUGCAGUGCAAUAUGAAGUUCCCAACACAGUCUUCCUUUGAUCGGGUUAUGCCUCUCUUGAAUGUGGCCGUGGCAUCUCUGCAUCCAUUAACGGAUGAACAUAUAUUUCAGGCCAUUAAUGCCGGCAGCAUUGAGGGCACACUGGAAUGGGAUGACUUUCAGCAGAGGAUGGAGAACCUCUCCAUGUUUCUUAUCAAGCGUAGAGACAUGACACGAAUGUUUGUUCAUCCGUCUUUUCGAGAAUGGCUUAUCUGGAGAGAGGAAGGAGAAAAGACCAAGUUUCUCUGUGACCCUCGGAGUGGCCACACACUGCUUGCCUUCUGGUUUUCUCGUCAGGAGGGGAAACUAAACCGACAACAGACUAUUGAGCUGGGACAUCACAUUCUCAAAGCACACAUUUUUAAGGGGCUGAGUAAAAAAGUAGGGGUGUCCUCGUCUAUCUUGCAAGGGCUUUGGAUCUCCUACAGCACAGAAGGUCUUUCAAUGGCAUUGGCAUCUCUGCGAAACCUCUACACCCCUAACAUAAAGGUCAGUCGGUUGUUAAUUUUGGGAGGUGCAAAUGUUAACUACCGGACCGAAGUUCUAAACAAUGCCCCAAUUUUAUGUGUCCAGUCUCACCUUGGUUACACAGAGAUGGUGGCUUUGUUGCUGGAGUUUGGGGCCAACGUAGAUGCCUCUUCUGAAAGUGGCCUGACUCCUCUUGGAUAUGCUGCUGCGGCUGGAUAUCUGAGCAUUGUUAUGCUACUGUGCAAGAAACGGGCCCAGGUGGAUCACUUGGACAAAAACGGUCAGUGUGCCCUGGUUCAUGCGGCUCUCAGAGGUCACCUGGAGGUAGUGAAGUUCUUGAUUCAGUGUGACUGGACAAUGGCUGGGCAACAGCAGGGGGUAUUUAAGAAGAGCCAUGCCAUACAACAGGCACUGAUUGCAGCAGCCAGCAUGGGCUACACUGAGAUCGUCUCCUACCUGCUCGAUCUUCCAGAAAAAGAUGAAGAGGAGGUGGAGCGAGCACAGAUCAACAGCUUUGACAGCCUGUGGGGAGAGACAGCUCUGACAGCUGCUGCAGGACGGGGCAAGCUGGAAGUAUGUCGUCUGCUUCUAGAGCAAGGAGCAGCGGUGGCCCAGCCAAAUCGACGUGGAGUGGUGCCGUUGUUCAGUGCAGUGAGACAAGGCCACUGGCAGAUUGUAGAGCUCUUACUCACCCAUGGCGCUGAUGUAAACAUGGCAGAUAAGCAGGGUCGGACUCCUUUGAUGAUGGCUGCUUCUGAGGGACAUCUAGGCACCGUGGAAUUCUUACUUGCACAAGGUGGGUCCAUUUCGCUAAUGGACAAAGAAGGACUGACUGCCCUUAGCUGGGCCUGUCUGAAGGGCCAUCUUUCUGUGGUGCGUUCCCUGGUGGAGAAUGGAGCUGCCACAGACCACGCUGACAAGAAUGGACGCACUCCCCUGGACCUGGCAGCUUUCUAUGGUGAUGCAGAGGUGGUUCAGUUUCUGGUGGACCAUGGUGCCAUGAUUGAGCAUGUUGACUACAGCGGGAUGCGCCCACUCGACAGGGCCGUGGGGUGCCGCAACACUUCCGUCGUGGUCACUCUUCUGAAAAAAGGAGCAAAGAUAGGUUGUCAGACGUUACCGAGUCGCCCUCGAGGUCCAGCAACCUGGGCGAUGGCCACCUCCAAACCAGACAUCAUGAUCAUCCUCUUGAGCAAGCUGAUGGAGGAGGGGGACAUGUUCUAUAAGAAAGGUAAAGUGAAGGAAGCUGCACAGCGCUACCAGUAUGCGUUGAAGAAAUUCCCCAGAGAAGGAUUUGGAGAAGACCUGAAAACCUUCCGUGAGCUGAAGGUGUCACUCCUCCUCAACCUCUCCCGAUGUCGAAGGAAAAUGAACGAUUUUGGAAUGGCGGAGGAAUUUGCCACUAAAGCACUGGAGCUGAAACCGAAAUCUUAUGAAGCUUACUAUGCAAGAGCAAGGGCCAAACGCAGCAGCAGCAGGCAGUUUUCAGCAGCCCUGGAGGAUCUGAACGAGGCCAUCAAGCUGUGUCCGAACAAUCGUGAGAUCCAGCGGCUGCUGAUGAGAGUGGAGGAAGAAUGUAGACAGAUGCAACAGCAGCAGCAACCCCCAGCGGAGCCGGAAGCUGAAGCCCAGCAUGAAGAACUGUACUCUGUGCAAGAUCUCUUUGAAGAGGAGUAUCUUGAGCAGGAUGUAGAAAAUGUUUCCAUUGGCUUACAGACAGAGUCGAGGCCCAGUCAAGGGCUUCCCAUCAUCCAGAGCCCACCCCCAUCCCCCGCUCACCGGGAUUCAGCCUAUAUUUCGGGCUCACCUCUUGGGUCACAUCAAGUUUUUGACUUCAGAUCCAAUAGUUCUGUGGGUUCACCAACAAGACAAGGGUAUCAGUCCACCUCUCCUGCUCUGUCUCCAACACAUCAGAACAAUCAUUACAGACCUAGUCCGCCACAUACUUCCCCUGCUCACCAAGGUUCCUCUUACCGCUUCAGUCCACCUCCAGUUGGAGGUCAAGGGAAAGAAUAUCAAAGUCCACCACCUUCACCCCUCCGUAGAGGUCCUCAGUAUCGAGCCAGCCCUCCUGCAGAAAGUAUAAGUGUCUAUAGGGCCCAGUCUGGCUCCCCAGUACGUUACCAGCAAGAACCUAGUGUUAACCAACUCCCUGGUAGACCAAAGUCUCCAUUAUCCAAAAUGACACAGAGGUCCUUCCAGAUUCCCCAGAUUCCUGUUGCAGUCCCACAGCAAGGGCACAGGCUACAGCCAGCCAAGGCACAGAUUGUAAGAAGCAACCAGCCGAGCUCUGCCGUGCAUUCUAGUACUGUGAUUCCAACCGGUGCUUACAGCCAAGUUGCCCACUCUAUGGCCAGCAAAUACCAGUCUGCAUCCGGGGAAAUGGGAGUUGGUCAGAGUAGGUUGGUCUACCAAGGUUCAAUUAGUGGAAUAGUGGGUGAUGGUAGACCAGUGCAACAUGUUCAAGCCAGCCUUAGCGCAGGAGCUAUCUGCCAGCAUGGAGGGCUAACUAAAGAAGAUCUUCCACAGAGGCCUUCUUCAGCAUACAGGGGUGGAAUGAGAUACAGUCAGACCCCGCAGAUUGGGCGCAGUCAGUCCGCUUCCUAUUAUCCGGUCUGUCAUUCAAAGCUUGAUCUGGAACGUUCUUCCCUUCCCUCCAGCCAGCUUGGUUCUCCUGAUGUGUCUCACCUAAUCAGAAGGCCCGUUACUAUCAACCCCAACGAAAUAAAACCUCACCCACCAACUCCAAGACCGCUGCUUCAUUCUCAAAGUGUUGGCCUCAGAUUCUCCCCUUCUAGCAAUAGCAUCUCAUCCACCUCCAACCUGACUCCUACCUUCCGCCCUUCUGCUUCUAUUCAGCAAAUGGAGAUCCCUCUCAAGCCAGCCUAUGACAGAUCAUGUGAUGAACUUUCUCCAGUCUCUCCACCUCAGGGGAGUUACCCCAGUGAACCAGCCCGUUCCAGGACCACGCCGUUCAUGGGAAUUAUAGAUAAAACCGCUCGGACUCAGCAGUACCCCCAUCUCCACCAACAGACCCGGACCUGGGCUGUGUCUUCAGUGGAUACUGUUAUUAGUCCGACAUCUCCUGGAAACCUCCCCCAGCCAGAAUCGUUUAGCCCACCUUCUUCAAUCAGCAACAUUGCCUUUUAUAACAAAACCAACAAUGCACAGAAUGGCCAUUUGCUAGAGGAAGACUAUUACAGCCCCCAUGGGAUGCUAGCCAAUGGGUCCCGGGGAGACCUCCUGGAGAGAGUCAGCCAAGCCUCCUCAUAUCCAGAUGUUAAGGUGGCUAGGACACUGCCCGUUGCACAGGCCUACCAGGACAACCUGUACAGGCAGCUCUCCAGGGACUCUAGACAAGGGCAGACAUCCCCUAUCAAACCAAAGAGACCGUUUGUGGAGUCUAAUGUGUAAAAGACACUUGUUGGAGUAAGACCCUUAUGUUUUCAGCACACGUUUCCAGGCUUGAUUCCCACCUAUAUUUUUAUUAUUACUAUUAUUUCUAUUUGGUAGCUACAUGAGCAAGUUUCUCCGGUAAUUUCUGUGUGGUGAUCAGACAGCCAUGCCCGUGCUCAGAAUCCUUUGGUACCCAGCUGACGGUGAAGCCAACAUCAAACAAGCCAGUAUUGUUUGUCCAAUUCAGACUGAGUUCCCUCCCAGGUUUCAGCUGUCAAUAAGGAUAUGUUAGUACAUGGAGUGGGUUAACCCAGAUAGGUCCCCCUAUACAGUGGGAGGUAACCAGCUCUUUGCAAGAGUUCAUGUUCAAAUCUAAUUGGUUUCUUUGGUUUUAAGGAGCUCUCAUGAAAAUGCUUAUGAAAAUUCCUAGUGGAAGCUGGCUAAAAAUUGGCAGCCUUUUCAAAAUUUGCAUUGUCCGGUAUUCCUCUAGACAACCAGAGUCUUCAUCUUCCCACUUGUCUCUUGCCCACAAAGAGCUCGUUAUCUGCACCGAAUGGGGCUUUAUUUGCUUUUAAUAACAAGUAGCUAUGCAUAAUAACCAACCUGCUUGAGCUGGAUUUAUAGCAUUUUCAUCUGAAUUGGAUUUGUUUGUUGUUUUUAAUACCGUAGCCUGUUGGAAUGAGUGGGGACCAUAAGAUGCUUUGCUACUUCGACAGCUACGUUCCAAAUGCCACAGUAUUGAUUUACUCUGAGGCAUUUUAAAAAUAUUUAGAGAGCAAUCAAACUCUGCCCCUUUUGUGAAUUUUAAUCGGCCAAAGGAAUUGGCUAGAAACCUCUUGUGCAUUUUGUAAGCAGAAUUAACCGCAACCUUUUCUUCACACCUCCAGCAGAUGAUUGCAUCUCACACACAUCACCACAUUUUCACCAGGACAGUUUAAUGGGUUUUCGUUUUGCUUGCGAGGAAAAUUUGAAUAGGAAACCCUCAAUGGAGGAAGGAAUCUUAGAUUUUUUUUUGAUCAUGCUGCAUAACGUGACAUGGAGGUUUCCAAGCCAGAAAGUGUCCAAGGAGUCACUUUAGUAAAGUCCUUCUGAACACACAGCCUUGCCUUGCCAUUUCCUUUGUGUUUGCACCUACUCUUUGGAAGCUGUGUGCUGUAGUGCGGGGCUGCACUCCUCCAAGGGAUUAAUGAGUAAAAUGUGUGUUUCUUAGAGCUGCAAGGUUUGUUCCUGGAAUUUUGGAAAGCGGUUGCUGUGUUCCAUACCUGUAAAUGUUAGAGACGAUGUUUUGCUCUUUAAGAACCUGUAGUUAAGAGAGAUAUUUAUAAUUAAUUUAUGUGCUCUAUUUCAGGAAAAUGUUUUUGUUUUGUUCUGGUUUCUUUCUUUCUUUUUCUUUUCAAUCAGAUGCAACUAGUUUUGAGUCAGUGUGAAAAGCAGGGGACAUUUCCAAAAAUCAUUUUUACAGAACUUUCCAAGAAUUUUCUGGAGUUUUGUUUGCAUAGAGGGAGCUUUCUUUGCUUGAUUUAUUGUUGGUUACGUUUUUAAUCUGCCUUUUCAGUAACUGAGAGCAAACAGCCAGGUGGAUGGGAAGGGCAGUAAUAUUGUAGCUUGUUUUAAAGCAAACCAGUGCCUGUUGCCCAGUAUUGCAUCUCAUAUCAACUCUUACGAAGGGAAUUGGUCCUUGGAAAGAGUUCACGUGGUUUGUUUCCAAAGGGCUACGUGAAUCUAGUCGUAAAAGGAAACAUGCAUUGAACCCAAUUAAGGGUAGAUCCUCAGCUAGUGUAAAUCGGCGUCACUCCGUUGUGACUGCAGCACAGCUACGAUGUUUUAAACCAGUUGAGGAUCCGGCCCUAAAACUCUUAGUAACCCCUGGCUUUGAUUAAAGUGGCUCAGCACCAUUUGUUGUAAUUUCACUGCUUAGACCAAACUGAGAGGCGCCACCCUUGGGACAGGCCAGGCAUGUCUCUCAUUGACAGAUGGAAAGUACUCUUGGUUUUGCCUCUGUGUUCUUUCGGGGAUUACGUUUCUUCCACUCGGAUAUUUGUGGGACACUUUUAUAUUUCUCCAAGACAGCUUUUGUAUUGGAGGUUUAUUUUUUUCCCCAAGGGGCAAGAAGAAUUUUCUCCCUUUGCUUUAUUACAGGGAUCUCUAAGCAGGUUAUAAAAGUGGGAGCCUUCCCAGUUACCUAUGUCGCCUUCCCAACACCCUUAGACUGGGCCACGAAGAAAGGAAGCUGCAUGCACUAUUUCUGUCAUUGAAAAGGAUACUGACCAGUAUUGUUUCUCUCUUUUUUUAAGUGUGUUUUAUCGUAUAAGGAGCAACUGAUUGUUUGAAUCUUCCCUACAGUGCACCAAGCUAGCUAGAUUGUGUCCAUUGAUUUUUUUUAAUAACAUCAUGUUUUUGUUCAAAGCCCUAUCUUUCCUGAACAAAUGGAAUGGCUUUUUAGCUUCAGUAGUUUCUUCUGAAAGGACAAAGUAAUCAAAUUUUACCCCGUCCCUUUUUUAUAUACAGUUAAGUGAGACAUGCUGCUGCCAUAAGCCAGUCAUCUCUAAUCUUAUUGUUAAGAGAAUCCAAACUGAAUGAUCCUUGUCGAAGAUAAUGCCAUUGUAAUAUCUCUGACUGUGCUUUGCUUUGCUAUUCACUGCCAUGUGAUUCCAGUACUGUACUUUAGAAAUGUCCCCUAAAAGCACUUACAUGUACAACUGUGGGUUUAUGAAGAUGUUUUAAGGAGCAAAAAAACAGCUCACACUUUAACACUAAUACAAAAAUGAAACAACGCUUAAAUACUGUAGCGUGCAGGGUUUUUUUUCCACAAUAUCGUGUGUUACAUUUUCACAGGAUUCUUGCACUAAUGGUUUACCAUCUGUUCUCUCUGUAAAUGGUGCACUUUACUGUUUGAAUUUGUUACGAUGAUAAAUACUGGCUAUUUAAGCGUGAGUAGUGUCUUCAUUAGAAAAUAGCAUAACACCUCUUGUCUCCGUGUAUUUUUCAAAAAGAAAAAAGAAAUGAAGCAAUGAAUCAUAACAUUUAUAGCACAAGAACUAACUGUUGUAUAUAAGCAGCAAAAGAUUGAGUCAUUUUUAAGUACAAAACUAAUUGCAGUGAUUUUUAAAGCGCUUCCCCAGCAAUUUUCUUAGGACACCUGAGGUCUAUUUGUUUCUUUAGUUACUGGAUCGGUAAGGAACACAAUUCUCAAUUGAAAAAUCAAUAUUUAUUUAAACACCCGUUUGUAUCUUCAAAGUCAUAAUUAGUAUCUGGCAUGGCCGUUAGUUUGUAUCUGCUGUCAUAUUUUGUCUUGGUUGUAGAGUACACUAGCUAAAGGCAACUCAAUAGAGCACAAGACUGAAAUUUCACUCAGAUUUCCCCUCCCCCUUCAGGUUAGAUGUGUAUCUUGUAAGCUUGUCUGCUGAGGAAAGUAGGAAAAUCCUGUACCGUACCCCUGGCUGGUGUCAGGAUUUCCAGACAGGCUGUACUUAGAUCCUGUACAUUUCUCCUGUUGGCAUAAUUAAGACUACCACCAUGGCCCCCCAACCAGCACCCCAGCAGGAGCUACGUAAUUUGAGACUGUCAUCGAAAGUGGGAUUCUUCAGGUGCACCAGGUAAAACAGUUUCUUGAUGCCUAUGUCAGGACCCCAAGAAUGUUUUCCUUGGAAUGUAGUCUGAGGGGUAUUCCUAAACAAAUACUUCUUGUAACCAAACUAGCCACUAGAUGUCACUGUGACUCCACACAGAGUCACCUUGAGAGGGCACUGGGCAUUGGACUGAGCUAGAAUUUCUAUCCCAGCUGAGUGGAUCGGGAUUCCCCAGCUGGAAAGACUACACUCAACCCCAGGGGAGAGGGCACCAGCUUUGUGUGUGGCUCCAAGGUGAUCACUACAAGCCAGCUUAGGAAUGGUACUGGCGAGUUUUGAAGACAGGGUUAGAGGAGGGAAGGGUUCAAGGAGUGAGGCCCUUGGACCCAUCUCAGAGGGAGAACAGAGUUGGACAGCCUGAGCUGUACCCCCUUCUUCCUUAUAUUACUGGGUGCAGAGAAAUGCUGUUGUGUAGGUGAGGACUGUGCCAGUUUUGGCUGACCUGGCCUGUUGGAAUCACAUGCAUGGUAACUUAGGGUAGUUUUAGUGGAAGACUGGGCCUAGAAUUUUGUUUCUUUAGAAGUUUUUGUGCACAUACUUAAUUCAAAUGAUGGUUUAGGUAAGUCCUGGCGAGGGUGGCUGCUAAGUAGCAGUAACUCAGUACCCAAGUACAAAGAUUAUUGUAUAUUCAGGGUUACCCAGAAGUCUAGCUAAAACCGAAGUGCCAGCUACGCCUUACUUAGAGCACCAAGCACGCCUGCGAGUUUUUUAACCUUAAUUGCUAAGGUGUGUCCUUGCUGAUCUGUUGCAAGCUCUUUGGUUGUUGUUAUUUUUCCUUUGGACAUUCCAGACAAUUCAUCUACCACAAUUACUGAUCUUUAAACAAGGGCUUAGGGUAAUAGCUACUGUAUCUACUGUGCAGUUUCGCAGAGACCUCCAUAGCAAAAUGCCUUUACUCACUUCUGGUUGCUCAAAGGAAAAUUUGGUGGGGAUGCAUGUGGACACAAGCACAAUGGUGAAGGUGGAUCUGCUUUUUCAGAAUUACUUGAAUAAUUGAUGGACUUUUAUUCAAUCAAACUCUUUUUCUAAUACAAACCACUAAGGGCUGAAUAAUUUAGCAAGAUUCAUUUGUGUGCAACGCCUGACAACAGCUGAAUCACACUGGAACCUUUUCCUGAUGUAUACACGACACCCAGGAGAAAACUAACCCAAUCAGCGCUAUUAAAGGGAAUGGACACCAGAUCAAUACACUGUAUCCUUUAUAUUCUACCAGCCAUUCGGCUGCACUCAUGCCACUUAGCAACCUGAGCUGGAGCUUUUACGCUUACUGCUCAGUUACGAAGGAGAUGGGGCCUGGCCACUGCUAGAACACAGAGUCUUGUUAGGGGUUGGUGGGAAAGCCUCAGAGGUAGGUCACUAGCUGCACUAUGCCUUGGUGGGCCCUGACAUAGCAGACAAACUAGGGGAGUCGCUCUGUGCUUAGGUCCAUUUUGCCAAUACAUCAAUAACCUAGAGAUUCCAAUGUGGUCGCUUCCAGCGGUGACGGUGUCAUGUCUGUCCAGCAUUUUACUGUCCGUAGUAUUACAGCAUUUUUGUCUCUGUUCUGUCCGCUCCACUUUCAAGAGGAUUUGAAUUAGUACAAAGAUGUACAGGAUAUACCCUUGGAUGAUCUGUACUAAAUAAAUAGUACUGGUUGCCAUCCUUCAAGACACUUGCUGGGAAGAUCUUUAAGACACUUAAUUUUCCUUUAGCUUUUCUAUAAUUCUGAUGUAAAGGACUUUCUCUGUACAGUAUAUUACUCAAUGCAUGUUCUGUUCUCUCUACGGAUAUAUUGAACACGACACAGUUGUGAUAUUGUGCAGGGGGAAGGCAACUCCUGCACUCAACUGAGGCCCUCAGCCUCUGACGUACAAGGAAAGAAAAACUAUUUUUUCCUUUGCUGUAUUUGCUUGAGCAGCGUUUUCUUGUCUGUACAUGUGAGCUGUGAGAUAGAUGUGAAAAGUUCAAAUGAAUGCAUUUGCCCCCAUGUAUACAGAUUGUACUCUGUACAAUGACCUGUACGUAUGAAAAAAAAUGUACUUAUUUAUAAAUGGUUAACACUUGAAAAGA